AUGAAGGAAUCCAGCAGCGAAGUAGAUCAGGGGAAGAAGUUAGACACAGAAGUUGUCGGAGCUCGGCUCUGCGACGAUGCAUGCACAGAACAAAUGGCAAAGGCCACAGAUAGCACUCAAGAUGAUGAGGAACACCACGCUCUGAUGCAAGUAGCGCUGGAAAUCAAUGAAGCAGACAAACUGAGCAAGAACGCUCCAAGUGAUACUAAUGCUGCCGCACCAAUGGUAGUCUCUCAAGGAAUUCCUUCCACAAACAAUCAUGCUAGUGUCGUACAUGUACCGGUACAAGAAGACAGUACACCACAAAACCAACAAGACGAUAUCCAGCCAACUAUGUUGAGGCGAACCACCCCCUAUACAAAGACAACUGGAAUCUCAACCGGGAGCCUACUUGGGAGCGCCGGGAACAGGAAACUUGGAACGCACCACUACUUUGGAUUAUGCCCUUCUUGA